AGAAUAGCACAGUUUACGCGACUUGGUACGAGGUUGUGAUCCUGCUGAUGGAGCAGCAAGCACCUCUUAGACUACAAUACGGCUCGAUAUCCGAGAAAUCAACUUCGUUCUUCCACCAUGAGAACCUGAAAUCUCACUUUCACUAUUUUCAUCCAUUAUGAUUCCAUAGGUUGCAGCACGUAUGCGUCAGCUGUUUAAGGGGGUCGUUUCAUCUAGGCUGUAUAUCUUUGCGGCUAAUAACCCUCGCUGUAGUAAUCAUGGCGAUGGGUAAAGGAUUUCGUGUGUGUGAAAAAAUAAAUCCACCGAAUCCAUAUAGUGUUUUAUUGGAACAAAGAAAUAAAGAAGAAACGUUGUUGUUCGAAUCACAGGCGGUAGCAGUACUAUCACCUCAAGAAACUGAGUCUGUCAAAAAGCAGUACACAAAGUUGUUGGAUGGGUAUGGCUGUUUGGGAGUAUUGCAGCUAAAUGCAGGAGAAAGUACAGCGCUGUACCUGGUGCUUGUAACUGGCUGUGUGUCAGUUGGGAAGAUUGGUGAUUCUGAAGUUUUUCGGGUAACUCAGACAAGUUUUGUAUCACUCCGUAACCAGUCACAAGAUGAAGAGCGCAUCGCCGAAGUCCGCAAACUUCUUAACUCUGGCACCUUUUAUUUUUCGUGGUCAUCCUCCGGAGAAGCGUUAGAUAUUACGCUGUGCGCUCAACGUAGAAGGAAGAAUGCCGUGACAGACAACAGGUUCUUCUGGAAUCGCAUGCUGCACAUCCAUCUGCUUCGCUUCAGUGUAAACUGCUCCAGCUGGCUACUGAAAGCAAUGUGUGGCAGUGUUGAAAUUAGAACUGUGUACGUCGGUCACCGACAGGCUCGGGCCGUGAUCGUCUCUCGACUCAGCUGCGAGAGAGCUGGCACCAGAUUUAAUGUGCGAGGCUGUAAUGAUGAAGGCCAUGUGGCCAAUUUUGUAGAAACUGAGCAAGUCAUCUUUCUGGAUAACGAAGUAACAUCGUAUGUGCAGACAAGGGGCUCUGUGCCUCUGUUUUGGGAGCAACCAGGCGUGCAAGUUGGGUCUCAUAAAGUGAAAAUGUCACGUGGAUUUGAGGCCUCUGUAUCUUCUUUUGAUCGUCACUUGAAAAUGAUUAAGGAACGAUAUGGAAACCAAGUUAUUGUGAAUUUGCUGGGAUCAAGUCUUAUUGGGAGCAAAGAGGGGGAAGCCAUCUUAAGUCAGUUGUUUCAGGCUCACCACAGAGCGUCAGUCCAUGCUUCUGACGUACCGCACAUAGUAUUUGAUUACCAUCAAGAAUGCAGAGGUGGAAACACCAGGAACCUUACAAAAUUGAAGGCCAAAGUUGAAAAAUAUAUGAAGUCAUUUUCUGUCUACUAUGCCAAAGGUGACGAAGUCAUAAGCAAACAAAAAGGGACAAUACGCACAAACUGUUUGGACUGCCUUGAUCGGACAAAUUGUGUUCAAACCUUCUUUGGAUUAGAGACACUUGCUAACCAACUUCAUUUUCUGUGCCUAAUGGAGAAACAGCAAAUGGUGUCACGAUUUGAAGAAGUUUUUCGUCAGAUGUGGAUCAACAACGGGAACGAAGUCAGUAAAAUUUAUGCUGGUACGGGCGCAAUUCAGGGGGGUUCAAAGCUGAUGGACGGAGCAAGAUCUGCAGCACGCACUAUUCAGAACAACCUGUUGGACAACAGCAAGCAAGAAGCUAUUGACAUACUGCUACUAGGCAGUACCCUCAACAGUGAGCUGGCAGACCGUGCACGCAUCCUACUGCCAUCCAAUAUGUUGCAUGCCUCAACGAGCGUCUUACGUCAGAUGUGCAAGCGGUAUAAUGAGUACAUCUUCCCGAUGAGCGCUAGGGUAGCUGUUGGAACGUAAAUGCGUCAUGUUUAUAAUGUAAAUUUGUGAAUAAAAAGUUUAUUUUUCAAAGAAAUUACUCUUGUCGAUGUUACUAAUGUACCUGAAGAAGAAUCUCCUUCCGUUGAUAUUUUUGCAGUAGGUUUUGAAGAAAUUGUUGACUUGAAUGCCAGUAACAUAAUGGCUGCUAGUUCAGAAAAUGCAAAGGCGUGGGGAGAAGAACUACAGAAGGUGCUGUCACGAGACAGUAAUUAUGUAAUGGUGACAUAUGUGCAGUUGGUAGGAGUGUGUCUGUACCUGUUUGUUCGUCCGGAACACACGGCCUUCAUUCGGAAUGUAGCUGUAGAUUCUGUCAAGACUGGUCUGGGUGGCGCUACCGGUAACAAAGGUGCCGCGGCAAUCCGAUUUGUUUUCUACAGCACCUCGCUGUGUUUUGUUUGUGCUCAUUUUGCGGCUGGACAGUCGCAAGUUUCGGAGAGGAAUGCAGAUUAUGCUGAAAUUACGAGGAAAAUAAUGUUUCCAAUGGGCCGCACACUCAACUCACACGAUUAUGUGUUCUGGUGUGGUGAUUUUAACUAUCGCGUGGACAUGGACAAAGACGAGAUGAAGGAGCUUAUCAAGAAGGGGGAAUAUGACCAGAUAAUGCAGCAUGAUCAGCUGAGGGUUCAACAAGAACAAGGAAAUGUAUUCAAGAAUUUUUUUGAGGGAGACAUAAACUUUGCACCAACCUACAAGUAUGACUUAUUCUCAGAUGACUACGAUACGAGCGAGAAGUGCCGCGCACCAGCGUGGACAGACCGAGUGCUGUGGAAACGAAGGAAACAGAUUCCAGACACAGAUUUGUCAUCAGACUGGAAUCCAGGACGGCUUGUCCAUUAUGGAAGGGCAGAACUGAAACAGAGUGACCAUCGUCCAGUAAUUGCAGUCAUAGAUAUUGAGAUUUUCCAUGUAGAUGACUCCAGACGCAGUCAAGUGUUCAUGGAAGUCGUUCAGGAUUUGGGGCCUCCGGAUGCGACAAUCGUAGUUCAGGUUGAUGAUGGUGAAGGGAGUGGGGAAGAUGUGUUUGAUGACAACUUCAUGAUGGUUCUUUUGCAAGAAUUAUCGCAGAUAGGAGAAGUGAUUUUGGUUCGGUUUGUUGAGGACACUAUGUGGGUUACGUUCAGAGACGGUCAGUGUGCGCUGAUGGCCGCGAAGAAGGGCACCACGCAGUUAUGUGGGCAUGUGUUGCGGCUUGACUUAAAGAACGCCAACUGGAAGGAGCAGGCGCAAAAGGAAAUUGAGCUGUGCACAAAUAACACGACGCCACUUUGUGAGGAAGUGGAUCCAAUCUAUGUUACUAAUGGCGAUGAACUGUACACUGCUGGUAGGCCAGAAGAUGAAAUGUCGACGAGCGUAGCAGGUGGAGCAGAUCUAGGACCAAAGUUGGGAAAUCCUCCACCCCGGCCUGCGCCACCUUCCAGGCCCCCUCUUCCUACUGCAAAGUCUCCGUCACAAACAAAAAAGCAGAUGCCAAGGGCUGGAGUUGUAAGCAUCUCGCACUCCGUCAUCCAGUCAAGUCGGCAGGAUGCUGUUACCAAAGCUCCAGAGCAGAAAUGUUCACCCAUAUAUGGCCAGCUGGAAGACAGUGGUGCCAUCUAUGAAGAAAUUCAAGAUGGAGAGCAUAGUUCUCCGAUUCCAUCGGGGCCACCGCCUCCACCGCCUCGUUUUGAUUCCACUGAAAAAGAGGACUUUACAGUCCCUCAAUCCACCCCACCGCCUCUCCCUCAGCGACAGCUUCCGCCUCCACCAGUACCAGAUCGUUCUGCGGUUCCGCCCCCGGUUCCAGCUCGAGCCGGCGUGCCCCCUCCCAUUCCAGCUCGAACCUCCAACACGGCCACUCCCACUCCUCCGGCUACUCCCCGUCGGAACGUGAGUUGAACCGACGUGGGUCUCGGAACUGGGCAUAGUACACGUAGCGCAGUAGACUUAGACGUAUGUGUGUCUGCAAUAUGGCCAUACAGGUAUCAUGUGGGAUACAGUAUUUAUUUUUUUCUUGGCUUUGUAGCUACAAAUUCAGUAUUAGCGUACUACGUGUAUCUGCCGUAACUAGACUUCGCGGUACACGUCUCAUUCUUUUGUCUUUAUUUAGCAUCGCGCGGAGUCUGCGAGAAGUGCGCUCGGAUGCUUCUCAGACAUCUUGUUCUGAAAGAUAUUUUCUGCGUGUGACUCUGAACGCGCGGUUUGCGGUCUCUAAGUCCGACAGCAAUUGAAUGCUGUAUGUGCGGUUCCGUUAGCGCACAAAGUGUUGACUCUUGUUUCAGUACGAUCUCAGCGAUUGGUAAAAUGUUGUCAGACAUUCUCAUAGAAGCGAGAAGAACUUGCCUAUUGAAAUGUAAUUAAUUUCUGAUACUGACCAGAUCCGAGUACAGAUUUUUAUUUUUGCGGACCAAAGCCUUUAUCUCAGACUCUGCUGGACCAGAAGACAAAAGAAAAGUUACGGAUAUUUGAGGCAUUCGCCACAAACCGUGGUAAUUUGUUUUCAUGUCAGACAAACCUUGCUUUUGGUUGGCUCUCCUUCAAAAUCCACCGCGGCAAGAAUCGCGUUUUGUUCCGUUAGAAUUCCGCAGAUUGCGAGAAAGAUCAAUGACGGGAAUUGUAGCAGUCGUUGAUGACUGAGCGUGCGCUGAAGUGUCGUUCUGCUUCUGUAACACGUGCUGAAUGUGUGCGUGUAUCCACGUAAUUGUCAGUAGAGUACAUUCCAGUGAUUGGUGAUUCUGUCAUGAUCACCGAGCCUGUAUUUACAAGCUUGCUUAUUGGAAUAGGCCACGUUCAUUGGUCACUUUUUGAGAAUGGAUUGAAAAAUAAGCUUCAUCAUUAAAGUACCAAAAAUUGUAUUAUAUUUUAGAUAUUGUACAUUUACGUUCCUUCAGUUGCAAGAGAUGUAAAUAUUUAGAAUAAUAUAAUCCUGAUAUUGCUGUUUGUUUAA